CCCGCCCGCCAUCUGCCUUCCGCGGCGGCCCGGAAGGGUUUGGGCGCUGGGCCGGGCGGCGGCAUGGCGGGCUGGGCGCUGCUGGCCCGCCUCGGGGCACGGCUGAGGGCGGCGGGGGCGGCCGGCCACAGGGGGCAGCUGGGCCUUGUAGCCAGGCAUGGUAACGAUGCAACAUGGUGGCACGAGCAUCUUUCUGAAGAGAACGUUCAGUUCCUCAAGAAGACAACUGCAGAGGAAUACAAAGCACAGACAGCCAGCAAGCUCUGCCCUCUGAAGGAUGAGCCGUGGCCACUGAAUGAGUGGAAACCAGAUUCCGUCAGAGUUGGUGUUGUUGCAGUAAAACUGGGAAUGAUGCCAAUAUGGACCAAAUCAGGAAAGAAGCAUGCUGUCACGCUACUUAAGGUGCAAGACUGUCACGUUUUAAGGUACAUUUCAAAGGAAGAAUCAGAAGGAAAAACAGCUAAGCUGAUUGUUGGAGGAAAAAAUGUAUCUCCUUUUUUUAAAUCAGAGGCUGCAAUGGAAAUUUUUAAAGAAGCUGGAGUACCACAGAAGCAGAAAGUUACAGCAUUUAAUGUAACAGAUGAUGCCAUAAUUAAACCAGGUACUCCUUUGUAUGCCGCUCACUUCCGUCCAGGGCAGUUCGUGGAUGUUACUGCAAAAACAAUUGGUAAAGGAUUUCAAGGUGUCAUGAAAAGGUGGGGAUUUAAAGGUCAGCCUGCAAGCCACGGCCAAACUAAAACUCACAGACGCCCUGGAGCAAUAUCUACCAAUAAAGCUGCGAAAGUUUACCGUGGAAAGAAAAUGCCUGGUAAAAUGGGUAACAUCUACAGGACAUCUUUUGGGCUAAAGGUGUGGAGGAUCAACACAAAACAUGACAUUAUCUAUGUAAAUGGCUCUGUUCCAGGUCACACGAAUUGUCUGGUGAAGGUCAAAGAUACAAAAUUGCCUAAUUACAAAGACUGCAAUAAAAACCCUCCGUUCCCCACAUUUUUUGCUGAUGGAGAUGAAAAACUACCUGAAGACUUGUACGAUGAAGAAAUUUUCCAGUUCACGGAUCCAUCUGUCACAUAUGCAUAAUGUUCUUGACAUCUUUGAAAAUGUACAGUUUUGUUAUUUUCAUGAACUUUGCAAUGCUAUAUAAGAAUAAACCUAUUAAUUGCAAUCUGGCCAACUGA